AUGGCGACUGCGGGAACUAUCAGGUUUGGUGUGAUAGCCGUAAUCAUAGGGUUGCUAGGCCCGUAUCUAUACGAACGCUACCAAAUUUUGGCGCGCUUCUAUAGCAAUGCGCCUGAGCGGCUACCAAGAAUCAAUGCACUGCAAUCUUAUGAAGUGAAGUUUGCCGAUAGAGUUCGGAGCUGUGAAGAGGCGCUUUUGAUUCAGUCUGCAGGAUUGGCCAUUCUGGCAUGUGAUCGGGGCCGAGAGAGAUGGAACAAUGUCAUGGGAUUUUCCGUUCCAGGCCCGGUUCCAAGUGGCGAGUUGUACUUGUACGACUACAAAAACCGCAACACUGCCGACAAUGAAUCACUGAAGCGCUUUGAAAUUCAGGAUUAUGAGCCCGGUGAGGAUUUUCAUUCCCUGGGCUUGGCAUAUGACGAGUCAUCUUCCACAUUAUUCGUCGCGAAUCAUAGGCAUGAUGGUCCAAGAGUUGAGCUGUUCAGAUUGGAUAUCGAUGGACUCAACGCGAAGCACCUACGGUCGAUUGAGCAUGAUCUGAUCCACGGACCAAACGCAAUCGUGUUGAGGAACAGCCAUGAAUUUUUCGUAACGAAUGACCAUCAUUUCCUUCAAAAGGACAGUCGUCUGCUAUCGCAUGCAGAAACGUACCUCGCUCUACCUCUCGGUACCGUGGUACAUGUGGACAUCUCAGAUACCGAUAGUGUCAAAGCAAACAUUGUGGCCCGUCUACCGUUCGCCAACGGUAUAGAAUUGCUUAACAAGACGACUCUAGCAGUCGCUUCUACGAGUCAAGCGGAGGUCCGACUAUACAACAUCAAUGACAAAGAAAAGCCGGGUUCUGUGCCAACUCUCAGCUACCAGACAGCGAUAAAAGUGCCCUUCAAUGUUGAUAAUCUGGCUGUUUCAUCAGAUGGCCGGCUUCUUAUGGCUGGUCACCCACACCCACCCAGUCUCACGAAAUUUGCCAGUACUCGGUAUAUUUGCAAUGACGUGUCUGAGCUAGCAAAGGCCGAUAUUGUAAUACAAGAGUAUUGCAAAACUGGCCAGUCCUGCUCUUGGGCCUCCGAAUGGACCGAGGAAGGUGGAGUUGAGCAUCUAUACGCUGACACAGAAUACCCGACAAGUGCAACAGCAGCGUACGAUGCGGAGCGUAAGGUUGGAAUCAUCGCGGGUCUUUACGCGAAAGGCAUAUUGGUAUGGCGGAAUUGA